AUGUCCGGCCUCGAAGCAUUAAGCAUAGCUUGCAACAUAAUGCAGGUAAUCAGCUUUGCCCAUGAAACAGUCAGUUUUUGUAAAGCGAUAUACCAGGGGAAAUCCAUCGAUGAAUAUGGUGGUCAUGAUAUCGCAUCCCUCUCGGCGCUCUCAGCUCAAUUGCGAAAACAUUAUCAAAACAUUAAGCCCAAAACCACGGAUGAGAAGCAAUUAGAGGACAUCGCAAAAAAAUGCAAUAUCGCAGCACGAGCGCUUGAAGAAGAGGUGGCAUUUCUCUUGUCUCAUAAUGCAAAGGGUCAUCUUGCACAGACACUACGCAUUGCAGUGAAGACCAACUGGCGCAAAGGUCGAUUGGAAAGGCUCAGAAAUUCCCUUCGUAAUCAUCAACAUACGAUGGAAUCAUACUUACUCGCUCGAGUGUGCAAGAAAACCGAUGCUAUCGAGCUCCAACAGUGUCAAGGGUUUGCACAACUUAGCAAGGAUGUCCAAUUCUUCAUAUCGCAAUAUACCAUUGGCUGUACGAAGGUUGUCGACCUUGUCAACGCAGAGUUGGUAUCUGCCAAGGAGGCAACUGUAAACAAGGUCUCACAAUCAGAAGAAUCUAUCAAGAAGCAUGUAUCACAUGAGAUGUCAAUGGUCGAGAAAACGGUAGCCGUCCAUGUCACAAAAGAAAGAAAUGAACUUUUCAAAGAUAUCGCCAAGACAACCAUCGAUAUGGAUGCAAAGCACACGAAAGAGAUGCAGCGAGAUAAACUCUUGAAAAGUCUACGACUCUCAAUCAUGAAUGCGAGAAGGAAUCGUGUAGCUGAUGCAUCUAUGAACACAUACAAGUGGAUCUUUAGCCCAAAUGAAGAGCUUGAUGAUACAUCAUGGGACCGCUUUGAUGACUGGCUCAAGUCUGAUAGCGACAUGUAUUGGAUUAGCGGCAAACCCAGGUCUGGGAAAAGUACUCUAAUGAAGUAUAUCCUCGAGAAUCCCCUUACAAAAGCCUCGCUGGAGACUUGGGGAACCAACCCAAUAAUCUUGUCCCAUUUCUUCUGGAAACCAGGAUCGAAGAUGGAAAACAAUAUCAAAGGCUUUUUAUGUUCUAUUCUUCAUCAAGCGUUACAUUCGAACAUUGCCGUCAUUGACUCGAUUCUAGCCACUUCCGACUCCCUGUCAUCGAAGGAGUCGUACGAUGACUGGUCUAUGAAGGAACUAAAAGAGGCAUGCUUGGCUAUAUUAGGAAUGUACCCGUCAUCAUUGUGCAUUUUCCUCGAUGGCCUUGACGAAGUUUGCUCAGAAGAUGAACAACUUGCUUUAUUGGAGCUGGUGGAUGAUAUUAGGAGACUCCCUAAUGUCAAGAUUUGUGUAGCAAGUAGGCCUGAACCCUUGCUCCGGUCUUCUCUCUCCAAACAUCAGCAGCUUAAGCUCCAAGAUCUCACUAAAAAUGAUAUGUGGGAAUAUGCGAAUGCGCAAAUAAGCAAGAAUCAUGGUUUGGAUAAACAAGGAACCAAAUAUUUCACAGAUAUCCUCGUCGAAAAAGCAGAAGGUGUCUUUCUUUGGCUCCACCUGGCAAUUAGCAGCCUAAUUCGAGGAUUCAAAAAGGAUGACACCAUAGAGGUGCUUUAUCAACGACUUGGGGAAUUGCCAAAUGAACUAUCACUUCUCUACUCUGAAAUGUGGAACAGAAUGAAUGGGGAUACUACGUUGUAUCGACAAGCUGCUGCAUUAUAUUUCAAUUUAUUGAUCGGCCUUGAGGAUCCGCAGGGGUUACCAGUAUACUCGUCCAGCCCCCACGUAUUUCUGUUCAUGGUUGUAUCGGAGCCUGAAGUCCGGAAUACCUUCGUUGAUAGAAGAGAUGCUACCUAUGGAUAUAGAGACUCUAGAACGUCUUUAACAGCUUAUGACUACCUGACGGAUACCGAAGAAGGUAUUCGUAUCCGUACAUACGACUCAUCCUCACUUGAUACAAAACACAUUCUGCUCGCGGAGGCUCAAUUUGCAUCAGUGAUGAUGUUCCCAGAUUACAAUGGCGCCGCUCGCAUUUUAGCACCCCUAUCUAGGGCGACAGACCGAAGCUCCCAAAAGACCGUCGAUCAGCUUUUACGAGCUACUUAUUAUCAUUACGGAGGUAUUGGUGGUUCCAUUUAUAAGAGCCUUGCAUUAUUCGUCACCUGCCCGACAUUCAGCGAUUCCAUUUUAUCUAUCAUAGCCGAGAGCCCGAAUCCGGCCUUGUUAGCUACGGAUAUCUUACGGAACAUGCAUAUCAUUAUCGGCAACUUAAGGGGAGACUUAAAUUCUAGAUUUUACGAUGUUGAUCCAGUCAAAGGUAUGGAAAGGCAACCCAUAAUGUUUUUCAGUCCUUUUGAGAUAUUCAUUAUAGGGGUACUUGAUCAACCUCCAACCGUGCCGGUGGCCCCCGAAACAUAUAAAACACUACAAGUUUUCAUGAAGAAUCAACCAAAUCUCAAACGACCCCUACCGAUAACCAUGGAAAUCAACAAAUGUUCUAAAUGUUCUAUACACACAAGAUCUAUUGCUCACUUCUUCCGCACUGGCCAAAGCCAAAUAAGAAGCGAGCGUGAUCGAGUAACGCUCGCACUUAAUAUGGACAUGGCGUCCUUGGUUAUGGCUAUUUACGAAUAUGGUCGCAAAAGGAACCUUCUCACCUCAUCAGAAUUUUCCUUCGGAUACAACAUAAUCCAGUCCUAUUUUAAUGACCAUCGUGGUUUAGCUAAUCCGGAGAAUCACAUCCUGUUCAUUGUUUUCUCGGGUGGGGUGUACUGUCAGCCAACUCGUCAACAUAUGACGCCCGAACUUCUCGCUCUUAUAUCACGACACCUAUGUGGCGAAGAGUCCCAGGAAUUAUACCAGGAAAUAUAUCAGUGUGCUAUAGAUAUAGCCCAGGAUAUUCGGAGUGAUCCAAACCAAUCCGUAAAAGCACGGGAGUUUCAGUCAACGGAAUCGAAAAUUCUGUCUUUUCUAGCUGAUCGGAAUUGCGGCUUUCGUUGGAGUUAUUAA